CAACAUGACAAGUCAACAAAAGAACGUUUUAUUAAAGAAAGAAAAAGAAAGUUGAAGAAGUGAAAGGAAAUUCUUAGAUAGGAAGCGAAAAGCGUCUGUCUUUUAGAUACAUCUGUCAAAGCGAUAUAGGGAGAGUUUCGACUUUAGAUGGCGAUAUUGUACGCGCUGGUCGCGCGUGGAUCGGUGAUGCUGGCGGAGUUCACGGCGGCGUCGACUAACGCCAGCGCGAUCGCCAGGCAAAUUCUAGACAAGAUACCGGGUGACAACGACAUUAACGUUUCGUAUUCACAAGAUCGAUACAUCUUCCACGUUAAACGCACCGAUGGACUCACCGUUCUUUGUAUGGCUGAUGAAAGUGCCGGAAGGCGAAUUCCUUUUGCGUUUCUUGAAGACAUUCAUCAGAGAUUCGUUAGGACUUAUGGCCGAGCAAUAUUUUCAGCCCUUCCUUAUGGCAUGAAUGAUGAAUUUUCGAGGGUUUUGAGCCAGCAAAUGGAAUAUUACUCGAGCGAUCCUAAUGCUGAUAGGAUAAAUCGACUAAAAGGUGAAAUGGGUCAGGUGCGAAACGUUAUGAUAGAGAACAUCGACAAAGUCUUAGAGAGAGGUGAUCGCUUGGAAUUGCUGGUUGAUAAAACUGCUAAUAUGCAAGGAAAUACCUUUCGCUUCCGAAAGCAAACUCGCCGACUUAGAAACACAGUAUGGUGGAGAAAUGUCAAGCUUACGGGUGCUCUGAUAAUCCUCAUCCUAAUUAUUAUUUAUGUUGUGCUGGCUUUUGUUUGCCACGGUAUCACGCUACCUACUUGCAUAAAAUGAUGUCAACAGGUUUGAGAUUUGAACGCCUUUCGCACUCUCAUGCUCCCUUGCCGUUACUUUUGUUUCCAUUUCCGUUCGUAUGGUUUUUAAUCUCUGCUUGGGGGUAGCAUAUCUGGGAUCUUUCUGUUUCAACUUCCCCUGUAGUGAGUUGUAUUUACAUUUUACUUAUUCAAUGUGAAAGAGUCUCCAUGUAACUUUAAAUUGGUUCUUUCAAAGACAUGGCUUGAUGGCAUUAAAAUUUAUGUAAAAGUUACAUACAUUAUAUAUAUAUAUAUCUUAUUUGUGAAAA